CCCCUUCUCAGCCUUGCAGACACACGCGCUGUACACGAACCGCUGCUGCAUCUUUUUCGGUGCCUUUGUUGAAUGCCGUCACGCCCGUUGCGCCUCGACCAUCGCCGCAACUGCUCACGCACACGCAUCCACCAACAUUGGACCACUUGGCGAGCUGCGUAAGGCAGAACCCUGCACGCAACGCGCAAUCAGCGCCUGCCACCUUCCGAAGCCAAAGCCACGACUGGGGACCGAGCACCAAAAGUCGGCCUAUUCUUCCAUUUUACAGACAUCACCCUCCCACCGUACACACCACAGUCGCUACACAUCUCGCCCGUCAUGGCGGCGCAUGACUACUACACGAACAACACCCACAACUACUACAACGCCACUCCUUACGACAACUACUCUUACCGAAACGAUGCGCCUCUCCCACCCGUCCCCCAGCAACCGCAGUCGCCUUUAGAUGACCGCGCGGGUCUGUACACACAUCAGGCGCCACAGCACAGCUACCCUGGAGCGAGCGGGAGGAACCACCAAGAUGGAGAUCCCUUUGACGACGGCAAUGCGAUUCCACUAGACGGAAGGAAACCGAACAAAUACGAUUCAACAAACACAGUCUCGCCCGUGUUACCGCAUGAGCAGGAUGACCCUUUUGUGCGCGACGCAGACCCUCGGAGGAAGAGACGGCGUACGGAUGGUAUUGCGCCUCCCAAGCAGGGCUGGUUCAAAGGGAGGAUUACAUGGAUGGUCUUUAUCCUGACAUUUGCCCAGAUCGUGGUCUUCGUGGCGGAGUUGAUCAGGAAUGGUGUCCUCACUGGUACCCCUAUCGCGAUUAAGCCGUCAUUCAAUCCCAUGAUUGGCCCUUCGCCAUAUGUGCUGAUCAACAUGGGAGCGCGGUAUCAGCCCUGCAUGCACACCAUGCCCGGCGUCCAGGACAAUGCGGUGCCCAUUUCAUGGCCCUGUCCGAACGCAACUGCGACCACUGGCGACAGUGUUACAUGUCAGUUGUCAGAUCUCUGUGGUUUCGAUGCCGAUCAGAACCCGCGCGUGAAUGGGACGCUGGACGACAAACCUGCUCCCAAUCAAUGGUGGCGCUUUAUUGUGCCCAUUUUCCUUCACGCUGGCAUUAUCCAUAUUGGCUUCAACAUGCUACUGCAGCUAACGCUGGGCCGAGACGUGGAAUUGCUGAUUGGUAGCAUCCGCUUUGCCAUUUUGUACUUCGCCUCUGGCAUCUUUGGCUUCAUCUUGGGCGGCAACUUCGCUGCUACGGGCAUAGCAUCCACUGGAGCUUCGGGCAGCUUGUUUGGCAUAUUAGCCAUCACUCUGCUCGACCUACUGUACACAUGGAAGGAGCGAAGGAGUCCAGCCAAGGAUUUGAUGUUCAUCUUCAUCGACGUGGUCAUCGCAUUCGUGCUCGGUCUUCUACCUGGACUGGACAACUUCUCGCAUAUCGGAGGUUUCUUGAUGGGACUGGUACUGGGUGUUUGUCUUUUGCGUUCACCUACCGCCAUCGGGCAACGUACAUCAGACCCCAUGUACACCCAUGUUGCCGAUCAAAACGAUCGAAAUGCAACACUCAAGGCCUUCGUCAAGGAUCCUGUUGGCCAUUUCAAGGGCCGGAAGGGUGUCUGGUGGGCGUGGUGGCUGGUCCGCGCAAUUGCUCUAGUCGGAGCACUGAUCGCUUUCAUUUUACUCUUGAAGAACUUUUACGAAUGGCGUGGCGGGUGUUCUUGGUGCAAAUAUUUGUCAUGCCUUCCUAUCAAGGUGGGCGACACAGAUUGGUGUAGCAUUGGCAACCUAGACUUCACCAGUACGACCACCAAUAGUACCUCGAAACGCAGUCUCCUGGAGUUGACGAGGGAUGUUUUUGAGUUGCAGAAUUGAACGGAAAGACUGCUCGUACUGAAUGCGAGUCUGAAAUGGGCAGAAAGCUACGCUGAGCGCACACGGUACUCGGUGAAGCGAAGACCAAGAAACAGGGAUAUUUAUUGUGUUUUAGCGAGGCGCUGGGGUUUUAACGACAGAGCGGGCCAACGGCAUCGCCUAUUGAAGGGCAUGCAUAUGUAAAAGAUCUGAUCCAUUUAUGCAUCGGGCGAAGGAAACGAGCACAACUUGCACGAGACCCAUGGGCGUGAAAGUCUAUUAGCAUGCAAUUGAUGAGUGAGACCCCAAACCUUUUCUUGCUUACCUGAAAACUAUAACAUAUCAGCUUCAUCCGCUACAAUUUUCCGCUUACCUGUUGCUAGCAUAUGCCACCAUAUCAACCGACGCGAGAUGCACUACUGCACGCCGCCCCUCACACGAAUCCCGCAUCACGGAAGCUCGAGCAGGUCGUUAGACGUUUCAAUUUGCAACCUCAUGUCAGAAG